AUGAGUACGACCGUUAUCUAUAAGCCAUGGGAUCUGCUGAUCCACGAGGUCUGGGUCCUGGGUAUCGUCUCGACCUGGGCCUGGGGCUGCAGUACCUCCGAAGAUCUUCUCCCACAAUUCCGCGCCAGUAUAGGCAAAAAUCACCUCGAUAUCGGCAGUGGCACAGGAUAUUACCUUCGUCAGGGCGAGAUCCCCGCCACGACGCUCCUGGCACUGCUAGACUUGGAGCACCCUGCGCGGAAUCUGGGCUUGCAGCGCUGUGGCCGACCAGACGCGUGCGGCCUACAAGCUGAUAUCCUACAGCCCCUGCCGGUAACCGACACGUUCGAUUCGGUCUCCAUGUACUAUCUGCUACACUGCAUACCGGCUACUAUGGCCGAGAUAUGUGCUAUCUUCAAGCACAUCAAGCGCAACAUGACCCUCGACGGCAUCAUACACGGUGCCAGCGUUCUGGGCAAGGGUGUGCGCAAGGACAACUGCUUCGCUGCCCAUGUGCGCCGCAGCGGACUGAACACCGGCAUCUUUCACAAUACCGAUGAUAAUGCAUAUGACUUUGAACAUGCUCUGCCCACGAACUUUGAGGAGGUCGAAACGCGAGUUGUAGGCUCAGUGUUCAUGUUUCGUGCCUCGAAGCCUAAGCAAAAAAAAAGGGUGAUUUGUUAA